UAGUCCAGUGGAGCCCGGCGGGCGUGGGAAUCCGGGCUGGGCCAAGGCCGCCAGGAGGCAAGAUGGCGACUGGGCCAAAUGGGCUCGACGAGUGGGUGGGCAGCGCAUACCUGUUUGUGGAGUCCUCGCUGGACAAGGUGGUCCUAUCUGAUGCCUAUGCUCACGCCCAGCAGAAGGUUCCGGUGUACAGGGCUCUGCGGAAUGCACUGACAGAGAGUGGCGGGAGCCCGGACGUGCUGCAGAUGCUCAAGAUCCACCGCAGCGAGCCGCAGCUGAUUGUGCAGUUACGUUUCUGCGGGCGCCAGUCCUGCAGCCACUUUCUCCGCGCUUACCGCGAGGGGUCGCUGCGCGCCGCGCUGCAGCGGUGCUUGGGGGCGGCUCUCGCCCUGCCCUCGGUGCCGCUGCAACUGGAACUGCGCGCCGGCGCGGAGCGGCUGGACACCUUGCUGACGGAUGAGGAGCGCUGUUUGAGUUGCAUCUUCGCCCAGAAGCCUGACCGGCUCCGGGACGAGGAACUCUCUGAGUUGGAGGACGCACUCCGGAAUCUGACAUGUGGCUCGGGGAGCCAGGGUGGCGACAUGGAGGUCGUUCCAGCGCCCUCGCAGUCCCUGGCCACCUCUCUCUCAGAGGAGAAGCCACCACCGCCGCCGCCGUCUGGCCAGACUUUUCUGUUCCAGGGUCAGCCCAUAGUGAACCGGCCGCUGAGCUUGCAGGACCAACAGACGUUCGCGCGCUCAGUGGGUCUCAAAUGGCGCAAAGUGGGGCGCUCCCUACAGCGAGGCUGUCGUGCGCUGCGGGACCCGGCGCUCGACUCACUGGCCUAUGAGUAUGAGCGCGAAGGGCUGUACGAGCAGGCCUUCCAGCUGCUGCGGCGCUUUGUGCAGGCGGAAGGCCGCCGCGCCACGCUGCAGCGCCUGGUAGAGGCCCUUGAGGAGAACGAGCUCACCAGCCUGGCAGAGGACUUGCUGGGCCUCGCGAAUUCCGAUGGCAGUCUGGCCUAACCUGAGUACCAGAAAAAGGGGGGAUCAGCCAGUUGCCCAGCAGCGUUUGGAGCACCCGGAUGACCCUAGGGUCCCUUCUGCUGCUAUUGCGGAGCUCCUGUCCAUCCACGGGACUCUGAGACCACACUGAUAACCCCACUUAGCCCAGCUGUUGGAGCUGCUGGGAAGUGUUGACGGCUUUCUCCAGGAAUUGGGCAAGCACCCACCAUUCCUGUUGGGGUGCCAUUGGGGAUUUGGCCCCAGAUACUGUGAUAUGGACAAAGUGCAUGGGUGACCUGCUCCAGCGGUCUGCCCACCCCAAAUGAGGGGAUUCUGGCCAGCCCUUACCUCUUCACUCAUUGAACAACUAACUCGUUAAGCACUUGCUGUGUCCUAGCCAUCAUCCUGGGCGCUGCAAAUACUGUGGUGAACAAGAUACACGAAACCUGCCUGCCCCCAGUUCAUACUCAGUGUUGGACUGCAGAUUUUAAGCAACAGCAAUAAAAUAUUACCCGUUUUUUUUAUG